CCCUAAACUAUAUUUUAAAUUUAUGUAAAUAAUUUAAAUAAAUUAAAAAAUAUUUAUUUCACAGAAAUUUGUGAAAAUCAUCAUAACUUGAUGAAUUAUGACAAUGAGCCAUUCUGAAGGCUGUGUAACCAGAACCUGGGUUCAGAACAGAAUAUUCACGUUAUUCUAGAGACUUCCUCACACCCCCACUCACAACCUCUCUCUUUCACAAAGGUAACCACUACUCUGACUUCUAACAUGGAUUACAUUGCCUCUUUUUUAUCUUUAUAUAAAUGGAAGCAUAGGAUAGGUAUUCUUUUGAGUCUGUAUAAUUUUGCUCAGUAUUAUGUUUAUAGAAUUAUUCCUAUAUUUUCAUGUAAUUCUUGUUUAUCUUCAUUGCUGUAUUGUAUUCCAUUGUGUGAAUAUACUACAAUGUACUUAUCCAUUCUGAUGUUGACUGGCAUUUGAGUUGUUUCCAGUGUUUGGCUACUGAAAUAAUGUUGUUCUGAACAUUCUUGGACUUGACUUUCAUUGCACAGACAUACACAUAUCCUAGACAUGAAUCAUAGCAUAUGGGUAAGUUCAAUUUUAGUGGAUAGUGUCCAAAUAGUUUUUCAAAGUGAAUGUAAUGAUUUCCAUUCUCCUUACUAGAGUACAAGAAUUUCCGUUGUUCACAACAACACCAUUUCUUGUAUUGUCAAUCUUAUGAAAUUUUAGCCUUUAUUGGAACAUGCAAUUAUACUCCAUGGUGGUGUUUUAUUUGUAGUUCCCAAUAGCUAUUUCCAAACAUUAGUUUUCAACCUGUCUCUAUUCUUUUUGUUUUUUAGGUUUUGUUUUCAAUACUGCCCUGAAGACACUACAUUUGGCAUACCCACCCAGGGCUGGGUGAUUCACUAGACCUCAAGAGGCCAGAGCCAAGUGUCAACCGAGGACAUCACAGACUUGCAGGCUCAGCAGCAUCACUCCUGAGCAACGCUUCUGCCCAGCGUGGAGUCCCCUGCAGAAUCAGCAAGCCUAAGAAAUAUUAUCAACUCAUUGCAUUAAAGUCUACUGGGGGUUCCUGCUGAUAUACUCCAACCCAUUUUUGAAAAAGUAGUGUUUUCCAGCAUCCUCACCUCCCAAAACCUUGGGAGUUUCUUGCUUACUAAUGAAAGCUAUGAAGUCUAAGUCCAAUGGGGCCCAGAACCCAAGUUGUAGCAUAAUGGUAUUUCAUCCAACCAAAGAAGAGUUGAAUGAUUUCGAUAACUACAUUGCUUAUAUGGAAUCCCAAGGUGCACACCGAGCAGGCCUGGCUAAGAUAAUACCACCCAAGGACUGGAAAGCCAGAGAGACCUACGAUGAUAUCGAUGACAUCUUAAUAGCUGCUCCCCUCCAGCAGGUGACUUCUGGGCAGGCAGGUGUGUUUACUCAAUACCACAAAAAGAAGAAAGCCAUGACCGUGGGUGAGUACCACCACUUAGCAAAGAGUGAAAAAUAUGGGACUCCACCACACUUCGAUUUUAAGGACCUGGAGCGAAAAUAUUGGAAAACACGCCUCUAUGGUUCACCAGUAUAUGGUGCAGACGUCAGUGGCUCCUUAUUCGAUACAAACACGAAGCAGUGGAACCUUGGACACCUGGGAACCAUUCAGGACCUGCUGGAGCAGGAGUGCGGAGUGGUCAUCGAAGGCGUCAACACCCCCUACCUGUACUUCGGCAUGUGGAAGACCGCCUUCGCCUGGCACACGGAGGACAUGGACCUUUACAGCAUCAACUACCUGCACUUCGGGGAGCCCAAGACGUGGUACGCCGUGCCCCCGGAGCACGGCCGGCGCCUGGAACGCCUGGCUAGGGAGCUUUUCCCGGGCAGCUCGCGGGGCUGUGAGGCCUUCCUGCGGCACAAGGUGGCUCUCAUCUCGCCCACGGUCCUCAAGGACAACGGCAUCCCCUUCGGUCGGGUCACUCAGGAGGCUGGAGAGUUCAUAGUCACGUUUCCCUAUGGCUACCACUCUGGCUUCAACCAUGGCUUCAACUGCGCGGAAGCCAUCAAUUUCGCCUCCCCGCGCUGGAUCGAUUAUGGCAAAGUGGCCUCGCAGUGCAGCUGCGGGGAGGCCCGGGUCGCCUUCUCCAUGGACGCCUUCGUGCGCAUCCUGCAACCGGAGCGCUACGAGCUGUGGAAACGCGGGCAGGACCGAACCGUGGUGGACCACACGCAGCCCACGGCGCCGGGCAGCCAGGGCCUGAACGCCUGGAGGGAGAUCCGCUCGACCGGGGGAGCCGCUCUCGUCCCGAGGCACCACCAGCCCCGCAGCGCUCCGCGCCGCCGUGGGCCUGUAGCCUCGGGCGGUGGAACCCGCCCCCGAGUCCCUGAGCCUGCUGUGUCCCGGAGCCCCUCGCCGGCCCGGAGUUCUUGCUCUGCCGCCCAGUUCGUGGCUGCGGCCACCCGCACCUCCGGGGAGCCCGGCCCGACUCUGCCGCCGAUCCCAGGUCCAUCCGCCCCGGAUCGCCACCCAGCUGGAAGCUGUGGCCCUCGUCGUCGUCCUUGGGAACAGGGGACUCAGGAGACAACUGCUCCCCCCAGGGCUAAGAGGAGGCUUUCCUUAGACAUAGCUCAGGACCCAGAGGCUCAGCGCCUGCCUGUGAAUGCACACUCGCCGGACAACGCUGACCCGCUCAGCCUUGGGCUCCAGCAACACGCCAAGGAUUCUGGGUGUGGUUGUGGCCCUGUCCCCUAAGCCCAGGGGAUGCCUUUCUACCCCACUGCUCUGGCGUGGGGAUCCUUUGAGACUGGUCGCAUUUACAGUUCAGAGCUUUGGGUAUUUGCAGGUCACUAGUCUCUCCUUUUCCUCUUUCCCCUUCCUUUCCCGCUUUUCUUGCCAAACUAGGCCCUUUUGACUAAUUAGGUCAGUAGAGACUCAGAUGAUAAUUGAUCAUCUUUCUGAGUCUUUGAUGUAUUGAAAACGUGUUCUCUGCCAGUAUGGUAACCAGAAUGUUAAAAUCUGACUUUACUAAAUAUAUUAAAGGUAACCAGAAUGUUAAAAUCUGACUUUAUAUUUUGUGUUGUUCAUUCAGUCAACUGAGAGGUGGUCGUUUUUUCUGCGCUUUUCUGAAUAAUUAUAUCAAACCAUGUCAAGCAAAACUUAUUUUUAUGAGCUUGUUGCCUUGUGUGAUGUUGGUGAGUGAGUUUGGGGUUGAUUGUUGGGUUCCAGCUGGCUGGCUGGGUUGGGGGAUUUGGUGGGCAGCCCUAUCUAGAGGAUGACUUGGUGGAAAUCACCUGGCACUUGGCUGAUCCAAGUUGCUAGGAGAGAUGAGCAAACAUAGGGCAAAAAGGGCCAGCAUGUGAAAAUCUUCUCUCCCAGUCUCCACUGCCUUCUCAAUGCUGUAUGUAUAUUUCACAUGGUGAAGUCAUUGAUACAUUCCAAUCAACACAUCCACAAAUAAAUGAACAAGACAAUUUCAAGUGGGCAUAAGUUCUGUGAAGGGAGUGAAGGGGCU